AUGAAUAAUCCUCCUUAAGGAUAUGAUAAAAGGAGAUUUUAGAAUUGCACCUCAGAAGACUUCGAUUGUAAUAUAUGUACAGAAGUAGCGAAGCUCCCUAAACAGUGCUAAAAAUGUAAAAAAUGCUUUUGCGGAUAGUGUAUAGAUGAUUGGCUGAAAAAAUCAAAUUAAUGUCCACUCAGAUGCGAGAGGUAGCAUAUAAAUAAUACAUUUGCUGAUAAAAACCUUUAAAAAUAAUACCAAAAUCUAAAUUUAAAAUGCGUUUAUUGCAGUCAAGUAUUUAGCAUAAAAAUAAUAGAAGAACAUGAAAGGGAAUGCAGUCUACCCAAAUGCUAAAAUUUUAUAAAUUGUAAUAAUAGAAUCGAUGCUAAUUCAGGCAAUUCUUAACUAACUAAAAUUGAUAUUUGCUCACCUGAGUGUUAGUUUUUCCUAAAUAUUUUAAAUCACUCUAGUAAUUAGCGCAAUCUAUAUAAAGAAAUUAGCAAUUUCAUGCAAAGAUAUUAUCCAAACAUUGAUGGCAAUAAUGGCUAAAUUCAAUCCUAAUAAUUAGCUGCCACUAAAGUAACUAUGCCUUAACCUUCUCUAUAAAACCCAUUUAACAUGGUUUUCGGUUCAUAUAAUUUAACUUGGGAUCCAAACUACAUAGGAUCUUAAAUAUAAAUAAAAAAUGAGAACUUUGUUUUACUAAAAGAAUAAGCAUAUAUAUUUAGAUCUGCCUUAACAAAAUAAAGCUUUAGCUAAGGAAUUCACUAUUGGGAAAUAGAGCCAGAUGAAAAAUCAGAAAACGAAAUGAAAAUUGGCGUUUCCUUGAAAAAUAAUUUUGAUUUUAAUACAGCUUUUUGUGAUCACUAAUUUGGUUAUGCUUACUACGGGAUAGGAUAGCUUAGAUCUGGAAAUAAUGCAUAAGGAUAAAGCUAUGGUAUGAAAUUCAAAUCAUAAGGUGUUUUAGGAGUUCACCUAAAUAUGAAUUUAGGAACCUUAUCUUUUGCCUUAAAUGGGCAAUUUUUUGGUAUCGCAUUUAGUGAUAAUAAAUUAAAAUAGGGACCUAUUUAUCCAGCUGUAGCAAUGCUACAUUGCGCUGGAUGUAAAAUAACUUAUAAAAGUAAUAUUCCUCCUUACUUUCCUAAGUGA